AUGCUUCGAAAACUUCCAAAAUAUUUAUCUAAAUGCUACUCAAGUUAUCCGAUGGGGGGUGGUGUAGUCCGUUCCAAGACAAUUACAGAACUUAAGACCAAAUAUCAUGCUCAAGAACCCAUUACGAUGAUCACAGCUCAUGACUUCAUAACUGCCAGCUGGGCUCAAAGUGCUGGAUGUGAUAUGAUUUUAGUAGGUGAUUCGUUAGCAACAAAUGCUCUAGGAUAUGAAUCAACAACUCAAAUAGGCUUGGAAGAGUUCCAAUACCACGUUCAAUCGGUUUGCAGAGCCCAAGGAGCGGCGUUCAUCAUGGCCGAUAUGCCGUUUGGUACAUUUGAAUCGAGCAUAGAGAAAGGUGUAGAAACCGCAAUUGCUUUAAUGAAAAGCUCUCCGAAGGUGGGUGGUGUGAAGUUAGAAGUCGGGAGCACUUCAGGCGCCCUACGGGAGCAGGAUUAUAGUCUCAAAUUGGCAGCAGCUUUGUGCUCGAGGGGAAUCCCGGUAAUGGGUCAUGUAGGACUAACUCCUCAACGUGCACAUGCUUUAAGUGGUUUUAAGGUUCAGGGAAGCAAGUCUGCCAAAGACGCUGCAGCAAUCUACCAAACAGCACACGAAUUGCAAGACUUAGGCUGUUUUGGUAUUCUUCUGGAGUGCGUGCCACACAAGGUAUCAAAGCAUAUCACGGAAAGUCUAAGCGUCCCCACAAUUGGCAUUGGGGCUGGCAAUGGAGUAAGUGGACAGGUGCUGGUGCAAUCUGAUCUUUUGGGCAUGAACCUGGGCAAAAUUCCCAAGCUGGCACAGAAGUAUGGUGACUUACAUGAACAAAGUGUUGGAUUUAUCCAACAGUAUCUUGAGGACGUGGCUUCACAGCGUUUUCCAGAUAACGAUAGAAAUGGGUUCAAGAUUAAGGACGAUGUAUGGGGUGACUUCCUGGAUCUGGUGGGCAAUAGCUCAAAGUGA